ACUUUCAUCAUUGGCAUCAAUAUAUUAUUUAUGCUAUCUAUAUUAUAUUUAAUAAUUGCACAGUAACCCCACUAGCGAAUCAUUAUUAAUCGGUUUUCUUUUCUCUCAUUAGACUUUGUUUGAAGUCUUUCAAAUUCUAUGAUUUGGAACGAUUAAUAAAAAACGGUUAAUAAAAAAUAUGAAGAAACGUAUCGAUGGCCGUCGAUUGGCACAAAAUAUUGGAGAACAAGUAAUUUUACUUGGAACUAUAGGAAAAAAAAGUUCAAAUGGUAGAAAUUUAGAAUUAAGAACAACUGAUGGUGUACAAGUAAAUAUAACUUUACCAGAACCAAUUGAUGGCAAUGCAGAAGGUUAUAUAGAAGUACAUGGCACUUUGCAAUCUAAAUCUACAAUGAACUGUAGUAAUUAUAUAGUGUUUCCUCUUAGUUUAACUGAAGAAUUUGAUGCUGAUCAAUAUAAUGAACUGAUGAUUAUAUUAAAUAUAGUAGGAGUUGAAAAAUUGACAGAAUGUGAAUGUGAGGAAGAAAAUAAUGAUUUUUAAAUCAUUGUAGAAAUGCUUUAUAAAGUGUUGAUAAAAAAAAUCAAUUAUACAUCAAUUUCUUAUGAGAACACUAUCAUUUUUACAUAUAUUUAAAGUUAUAAAUUAUAUUUUUUUAACAAAAUAAAAUUGUAUCUAUAAA